CUAGAUAGAGGAGUAGCGUUCUAGCGGUCUAGCGGUCUUCCCUUCUUAUUUGAGUGAUUUUCUUGGAUUGUAUCUCAUGAUGUAAUUUCAUUUAUUUUGUUUGUUUUGUCUAUUCCUUAAAGGAAAAAAUAAUAAUAUAAUUUGAAUCGAAUCCGCCGAAGACACAAAUGAGCACGAGGAGAAAUUGUUCACCAAUUGUGUACAAAUAGAAGAUUUGUUUCGGUUUACUGUAACGUCUUCCUCUUCCUCACCCAUAUGGAGUUUCUGUACAUAAUUAUCACUUCCAUUUUUCUGCCUUUAACCUUCUCUCUGAACUUUGAAGCUACUCUUCAUGUAACCACCCCGAUUUCCCUUCAAACCAAUCAUGAUUCUUCACUCAGACACCAAAUUCUGGACUUCGCCAAUCAUCCCACCACUGUAAAUUGGAUGAAGACCAUAAGGAGAAAAAUCCACGAGAACCCAGAACUUGCUUUUGAAGAAUUUGAAACCAGUAGGCUUAUUAGACAUGAGCUUGACAAUCUCCGCGUUUCUUAUCGAUGGCCGGUCGCCGGUACCGGCGUAGUGGCUUUUGUCGGUUCUGGUUCUCCUCCCUUUGUCGCUCUAAGAGCUGAUAUGGAUGCUUUGCCUAUUGAGGAAUUGGUGGAAUGGGAGCAUAAGAGCAAAGUUAAAGGGAAAAUGCAUGCUUGUAGUCACGAUGCUCAUGUUGCGAUGCUCCUUGGCGCUGCUAAGAUUCUGAAUCAACUGCGACAGAAAUUACAGGGCACUGUUGUUCUUAUAUUUCAGCCAGCGGAGGAGAGAGGAAGAGGAGCAAAAGACAUGAUAAAAGAAGGCGUCCUUGAUGGUGUAGAAGCUAUAUUUGCGCUGCACCUUGUGCAUAAAUAUCCAGUGGGGGUUGUCGCUUCACGCGCCGGUGAGUUUCUUGCAGGGUGUGGAAGCUUCAAAGUAAAGAUAAAGGGGAAAGGGGGUCAUGCAGCAAUUCCACAGGAUUCAAUUGACCCUAUUCUGGCAGCUUCAGCAGCAAUUAUUAGUUUGCAAAGCAUAGUCUCAAGAGAGAUAGACCCUUUAGAUUCUCAGGUGGUUUCUGUGGCCAUGGUUCAAGCAGGAACUGCACUCAAUGUCAUCCCGGACUCGGCGACAAUUGCCGGUACCUUCAGAGCUUUCAGUAAGAAGAGCUUCAAUGCUCUCAGAGAUAGGAUAGAAGAGGUCAUAAACGGGCAGGCAGCGGUGCAUCGGUGCACGGCGGAGAUUGAUUUCCUAGGCAAAGAACACCCAACAAUUCCUCCGACUAUAAAUGAUGAAAAAAUUUAUGAACAUGUUCGACGUGUCUCUAUGGAAAUUGUAGGAAAAGAAAAAAUAGAAGAAUCUCCAAGCUUAAUGGGAAGUGAAGAUUUUGCUUUCUUUUCUGACAAAGUGCCGGGAUCUUUCUUAUUUCUAGGCACAUAUAAUGAGAGGAUUGGAGCUAUACAUCCUCCACACAGCCCUCACUAUAAAAUUGAUGAAAAUGUGCUUCCUAUUGGCGCAGCAAUUCAUGCAGCAUUUGCAUAUUCUUAUCUCUUGAAUUCAUCAUCAACAUCCCAUUCUUUUUUCGACCACUGAAUAAUUCUCGGUGCAUUAUAUAACUCAGUUUUUUUCCUCCUAUUCUACAAACUUGAAUGGGGAAGUUUCUUUAGCUCUAGUCCUAUUGAAACUUCUCAUUCAAGAUUCAGUGGAGUUUAGUACAGUACGAUUGGUUCUUACUUAUCACUAGAGAGUUUUGCUUUCGGUUUCUUUUAGUUAAUAUCAUUCCCAUAAGUCGUUUGGAUUGUGGAAGAUUUUUAUACAUAUAUCACAAGGAAAACCAACAAAAGCCUGAUUAAAAAUCAGGUGAAGAGGAGAAGGAUAGCAAUAUUUCGUGGAGAUGAAACAACACCAAGUAGACAACAGAUAAAAGAGAGAGCUUGGAAUACAUAACAUCUCAGAUUCUCUCAGUGACAAUGAACAUGGCAAUCAGGAUAAACAGAAGAUCAAUCGGCAACGAUGGAACUGGUAAAGCUGUUGUUCGAGCUAGGGGAUGUCGGUUUGGAUGGUGUUUCAUUUACAAAUUUAACUUUCAUAUGUUAAAUUUGUAAUCUUUUUUUUUCAUCUGAAUGAGUUAUGUUAGAUUUUGGUCAAGUGAUAACUCAAUUGAACUAAAAUGAAAAAUGUUUCAAUUUUGUAUUUAUUUGAUUUAGAAAGUUGCUAAGUUGUUAUUUUGUUUUUUCAUUUGGAUUAUCUUAUUCCAAUUUAAAGAUUUCUCUCA